AUGGAAAUAACGAAAUAAAAGACGAAUAUAAAAAUAAAAGGUAUAUUGACUUUAAUUGGAGGAUUCUUUAUUUUGCUUAUGAAUGGCUCAAUUUUUUUAUGGGGAACACUUAAUGUUUAUAUUACAUCUUAUUUUAGAUAGAAAAAUGAUCCAGAUUUAUCACUUAGUAUAGGUGGAGCUGUAUUUCCUUUGAUGACUGCUUCUUUAGCUACUGGAAUACCCUUAGGAAUUAAAGGUAUCAAAUUAUUUGGAUAGGCACGUUAUAGUUUGUUAUUAAGCACUGUAAUAACUUCACUUAUGGUAAUUCUUUCUAGCUAUGCUGAGAAAUUUUAUUAGUUUGCUAUCAUUUAUGGAGUGAUUAAUGGCAUAGCCGCCGGUUCUAUUUAUUUUGUUCCCAUUUAUAUGGGCUAUCUCCACUUUCCCAAUAAUAGAGGUAUUGUUUCUGGAAUUAAUACAUGUGGAUUUGCUCUUUGUUCUUUCUUAUUUGGUUUAUUAUUCACACAUUUGGUGAAUCCUGAUGGUCUUUAACAAAACUCAAAUUCAGAUGGAUAUUCGUAUUUUGAUGGUGAUUCGAUUUCUGUUGCACAUAAUGUUCCUGAAGCUCUUAGAACGAUUGGAUACAUUUUUUUGGGUGUUUCAGUUUGUGCAUCAUAACUCAUAUUUUAUCAUCCUAAUUAAAUCGGAGAAGAAGAAAAAAGGCUUAAAAAAUAGCUUUAAUUAAAAUAAUUAGAAAAGAAGCACUUUUAAGAAAAUCUGAUUACUAUAGAAUAAGAAAUUAAAUAAAUUGACUUAUUUAACCAACAAAAUAUAAAAUAAUUUUAACCUGAAUAAGCUUAAGUUCUAAAUAAUUAAAAAUGUGAUUAAAGUUAACAAGAUUUAUUGAGGUAAAGUCAACAAAUCUUUAUUUAAAAAAUAAAAAUAUCAUAAAUGGAAGAAAUGAUCCUUCAAGAAAAAAUAGAGAUAUCUCAUAAGAAAGAUGAGUAAACAGGAUUAGCUUUUGCCAAUCCUACUCUAAUAGACGAAAUAAAAUAAAACUCAGAAAAGCUAGCAUUAAAAAAAGAUAAAUAAGCUAUUGAAGAUGAUUACUAAAAAAUAAUAUAGCUAAUGUAAAAUGAAAGCUUAAUUCAUAAUAAAGAAUAACAUGUUAAUUUAUAUGUUUAAGAAAAUGAUGAAAGCAUCGAGCUAACAAAGUAAAAUUUAACCAGAAAAGAGGAGGAAAUUAAAGAGGAAUUAAAACAUACGCAAAAAAAAUAAUAAGAAAUUGAUGAACUUGAUAAAUCAGGCGCUCCUAAUAUUAUAUUGGCCUUAAAGUAGCCAAAAUUCUACUUGUCUAUAUUUUUGGUUGUUCUUUGUCUAGGUUUUGGAUCUUUGAUAAAUGCAAACUAUAAAUCAAUUGCAAAAGAUUAUGGAUUCAAAACAGAUAGCUUCUAAACUCUGGUAGGCUCUCUAGCUGGUAUAGCUAAUGGAAUAUCAAGACCAGUGUGGGCUGGUUUACUAGAUAGAUUCAAAUUUAAAAACUUGUUAAUACUGAUUAUUUGCAUUUAAAUCACUAUAAGUCUAUCUUUCCAAGCUACUAGCUAAAGUGAGGUAUUUUUCGCUAUCUGGGUGUUUAUAGCUCACUUUUGCUUUGGAGGAGUCUUGGGUAUGUUACCUGUCUUUUCUGCCUAAUUAAAUGGUGUUAAAAUAGGAUCAUAAUUAUUUGGAUUCUACUGGUAUGGAUUUAGUAUAGCAAAUUUAAUUCAAUUUGUACUAGUUUUGGAAUUAAAAAAACAAAUUGGUUUCAAUAAUAUCUUUUACAUUUAUUUCGGUUAACUAGUUGUGGCAUUUAUAAUAAUGAACUACUUUUAAUUUAAAAUUCAAUGGUCUAAAUAUUACCUAAACAAAAAGAAAGAAGAAACAUUAAACACUUAAUCUUAAGAAAAUAUCCAAACAAUUGGUAUCAAUAGUGAGUAAAAUAAAUUAAAUCUUGUCGCUAUCACUUAAGUCUGA